UUUGGUAGAAGAAUGGGUGGGCAUCGUAGGUUCUAAAACGGGCCAAUAGUACAUGGCCCAAUAAAAUGAGGCCUAGUACUUAUAUUUAGUCGGUUCCAAAGCUUUGCAUUUUUUUCCUUUUUACAAAACCCUAAUCUUUUAUUUCAUUUUCUUCUGUUAUUCCUUAGUCAUAUAUCGUUACCUCUUCGUCUUCUAUUAUUCGAUCGAUCUCUCAACCAUCUAAAUAGAACCUAAUAAAAGUGGCGUCUUCGAUGCUCCGGCGCUCCCUUUUUCGUAAUUUGAUUUGUGCUCGGCCAACACUCCGACGACGAAUAUCAUCGUCGUCGUCCGAACAUGUGGCGGCUGCGCCGCCAUGGCUGUUGAUUGAAGACAGUGUUGAAGAUGGGGUGUUGUACAACAAUUUUUACAGCAUGGCCGAUAAAAAAGUAAUAAAAAAAGAAGCCAAGUAUACGAAAUCAUCGAAAGAUAUCGGGAUGGUGGUGGGAUCUUCACACGGUUGGCUAGCUUUGUGCAAUUUGUGCAAUUCGGGGGGCAGCAGCAGCAGCAGCUUCAAUAAUAAUAAUAUGUAUCUCUAUAAUCCUGUCUCGCAGAGUAUCUUCGAUCUCCCGUCGUUUCCUAUGUCCGUACCGUCGAAGGUCAUCCUAUCGUCCUCCCCGGAAGAAGACGGCUGUCGUGCCAUUAUGUCUUUCGGUCCACAAAACAGGCUGCUCUACUGCUGCCCCGGUCGCAGCAACGAGUGGACUCCCAUCGACGACGAGGCCGAGACUAGUAGUACGUAUCCAACGAUGUACAACGACUUUGUGUAUUCCAAGGGACAAAAGCUAUUGUUCAGCAUCAACAGUUCCGACAUGUUCGAGUGUUGGGAUCUCGCGGACCUUGCGAAUCCGAAACAGAUUUGGAAGAUACGAUGCGGUGUAAGUUGGUCCACAUGGAGAUACCUCGUGUUUGCGGAGCAGUCGGAGCGGCUCUUUCUUGUAGAUCGUUACGUAGUGGAAAACAUCAGACCGUACGGUGCCACUCGAGACGGUCCGCAUCAGACGUUUUCAUUUUAUGUUAUUGAAUUAAUUGUUAAUCUUACUGCUAAUGAUGAAGACGACGAAGAUGAUAAACUAGAGUUGAUUGGCAUGGCUACCUUGGAUGGUAUGGCAUUCUUCGUUGGUUCGACGGGACACGGAGUCGUCAUCGAAGAAACGGUUGAGAAUAACGUCGAGCCGAAUUCGAUAUAUUUCACCGACGCAAAGGAACUCACCCCACCGCCUUGGGAUCACGAUAAACGAUACGGUGGCCACGAUGUAGGCGUCUUUAAUUAUGAAGAAAAAAAUUUCUCUCCUUUCUACUAUUCUCAUGAUAUUCGAAACUUUAGAAGAAUUAAUAACCCGGCACCGACAUGGUUCUCGCCAUCCCAUUAGAUAUAAAACAAUGUUUUAAAAACCGACCCGGCUAGCUAGUUGAUAUUUGUGGGAUUUCAAGAGAGGUAGAUUUAUCCUUCUUUUAAUUUUCUUUUUUACAAAUUUAAAAGUCGUUCAUCGAAUAAAAGUUGUUGUUCGUGCUCUGCCCGUCAAAAUAA